AUGGGCUUUAACCUAGGAUUUCCUGAUCAGGAACAUUUUCGAGAUGAGUUGUUGAAUGAUCAGCAUGGUUUGCCUGUAGUUAUUUGUUCUUAUCCUGUAACAGAACAACGAUUUGUCCUACUGCUUGGAAAUGGACUGAAUUUGGGAAUGUUUCUACGAUUUCUAGCAGAAACAAGUACAACAGACGAAAAGAAUCACGUAAACAGAAUUGUUUUGUCUGCAGAGUUUGUACAUGAUGUUUUAAGAUCUAUGGACACUGAGUACGAUAGAGAAUGUGCAAAGGUACUACUAAGCGCUGAUAAAUCACGUUCAGACUUGGAUGAACUAGGGAUAAAACCAGAUACUGCUGUUAAGGCCGUCAAACAUGUAAAUGGUGUUGUUCAUGAAAGUAAAAAUGCAGAACUUGCAGCAAUCGACAUGCUGAACUCCUGACUUCAGGAGCGAAAACAUAAAAUCUCAAGGGAAUUAGAAAACAUUAAUGCUUUGAUACCCAAGAAGAAAGAUCAUUGGCCAAAAAAGCGAAUAGAAGACCUUGAAGAGAAGAAAAUAUUACACGAGGAAAGACUAGCAGAAAUAGAAGUCAUCAAAAAAAGAGAAAGCAAGUAUGGCAAGCAGCAGUUCAAACAGGGAGUGAAACGAAUAGCUGACAAGAUAGUCGAAGAAAAUCGCACAAAGCGUAGAAAACUUGGACAGGGAGCCUCUCGAAAAGUUGACAGUGAUGAUGAAGAAUUCAUUGUAAAAUGUAUCAAAGACAAAGCCACAGCCCAUGGCAGACGUCAUGACUCUGUUCUUUAUUUAAAUCACAGGAUGAAAACUAAGGACUUUAGAGACAAAGUUAAUUACCACCGGGACAGAGUUAGGAAAGAACCCAAUACGUUCUAG